ACCCGCAGUCAUGCGGUACCUUUCAGUCUGCGGGGAGUCAAGAGGCUGGCCACAGAAUACAAGAAGGUGCUGUAUCGAGAGUUCACUGAUGAAACGUUUUCUCAAGAAAAAGCUCAUCCACCACACCUCGGCUUUCUGGGUCCAGUCAUAAAAGGAGAAGUAGGUGAUACAAUAAGGGUCCACUUUAAGAACAUGGCUCGCAGGCCCUUCACCGUUCACCCCCAUGGGCUUUUUUACAGCAAGGCCGCAGAAGGAUCCCUUUACGCCGAUCACAGUAGUGCCGAUCAAAAGAGAGAUGACAUGGUCGGACCUAAUGAGGAAAAUACAUACAAUUGGUUUAUAAAUGAACAUCACGCGCCUACAGAGUCAGAUGAGGAUUGCGUCACCAGAAUGUACCAUUCCCACGUGAUUUCUCCGAAGGACACGAACACUGGAUUAAUAGGUGUGGUAAGGCUUCCUAUAAGCAGGCAGUAGUCCAAGUAACGAAAGUUGCGCCUUCCGUUGCUCUAAUAUCUCACGGCUGCGAGAAUUCCUUUGCUGAAAGUUAAAUUUGAGAAGUCUAUUCCUCACUGGGUUUUACGAUGCCUGAGUAAAUGAAAAAGGGGGAAAUUAUGUUCCAUAAAUUUACAAGCCAUUUAUGAGAAAGAGAGGAGAAUACUUUUAAUUGGCUUUUGCAGGGCCAUUGUUGAUUUGCAAGCGGGGUGCUUUAAUGGCAGACAGUGUUCAAAGGAAAAAUGUAGACCAUGAAUUUGUCCUUCUCUUCACCGAGAUGAACGAGAAUGAGAGCUGGCUGUUGGAUGACAAUAUUGACAGCUUUUUGCCUGAUCCAGCGGCGAGAAAAGCACUGAAAGCUGACCCAGAAUUUCAAGCCAGCAACAAAAUGGCCUCGAUUAAUGGUUUCAUCUAUGGCAACUUGCCAGGACUGGACAUGUGUCAAGGAGACAAGGUCAGCUGGCAUAUGAUUGGUCUUGGAACUUGGAGCGAUGUUCACAAUCGUAAGUAUUAUUGAAUAUUAGGCUAACAAGGUAAUUUUAUUACCAUUACCAGCUGAAGCAGCUAUGACAUACUGACGCUAAGCCUCACAAUACCAGAGUUGGCCGGUAAAGGGUGACUAGAAAAGAGUUGGUAAAGUGUGAGCACGGAUGUUAAACGUGCCAGUCGCGUUACCUUGACCCAGCACAUAACAAACCAAAUUGGCGGCUGGGACUGUUAAGAAUUUAUUUUUAUCGGCAACUUUCUCUGCUAACUCUGACAAGAUUAGCUGAAUCUUGAAUAGUCUUUCCCGUUUAGAAGAACACAAAAACCAAUCUGAAGUUAGGUGUAACCUUUUCAUUGUACGUAGUCUCUGGUCUUGAAUCGUCCAACUGGCAUCAAGUUUUUCACAUCCUCACAUGUAAACCGGUUUAGCUGGCUGUUGGAUUCGCAAUUUUUGAAUACUCAUGAAAUGAAUUUGUGUUUUUGUAGCCUCGUUCCAUGGACACACUGUCAUGAUCAGUUCUCACCGCACGGACACAGCAACGCUCCUUCCAUCUACUUUCAUUACAGCCUUUAUGAGAGCUUUGAAUCCGGGCACUUGGCUGCUAAACUGUAUGAACAGCAAGUUCUUUGAUAAUGGAAUGGCAGCGUUGUUUAACGUCCAAAACUGUAGUAAGAGAAUGGACCUACCUAACGUUAGCGGUGGGAAGACAAGAAUCUAUUACAUUGCAGCCGAAGACCAGCUUUGGGAUUACGGGCCAACUGGUCAAAAUAACAUCGACGGAAUGCCAUUAACCUCUCCUAAAAGGUAUGAAUUUUAUUAUUUAUCAUGGAAUUUUAAGUUCAUGAACAGGUUUGCAUACCUUAAGUCAGCAGUGAGUACGUGUCACAGGACAUGGCAACACUUUCUUAACUGUCUCACAAUAAAGCUUCAGAUUUGUAUUGAAUCAAGUAAGAAUUCUUAGAAAUUUAAUUUCUGAAUUGUGCUAUAAAAGAAGUAUGCAAUUCUUUUAAAAAUUUGUUUUUUUUCGGUUAUCGACCUUCAUAUGGAACCUAAGACAGUCCAAACGGCAUAUUUCAAAGUUCUAUGUCGAGUAAGGAGACACAACGUCCGUUGCACCACUGUUUUAUCAUUCUUAUGUUGUUUCACAGUGAAUCUUUCCAGUAUUUCACUCGCUCUGGUAACAGAAUAGGAGGGCAAUACAAGAAAGCAGUGUAUGUAGAGUAUACAGAUGACACUUUUACAAGCACAAAGAAUCGAUCCGCUGAUGAAGAGCAUCUAGGAUUCCUAGGUCCUGUGAUCCGUGCUGAAGUUGGCGAUGAAGUCAAGGUUGUUUUCAAAAAUAAGGUAAUGCUUAAAAAUGGCCCGGCAUAGAUAAUUUUUGCGACCAGCGCCUGUGAUCUUUUUGGGUUAAUUACUUUUGUCGAGGGUAUUUGUCGGUAGGGCCUCUAAUCGUGAUUACUGAUAAUGGUUCUCUUUAAAACAUCGAUUCAUCACCCAGUUCAGAGAUAAGUCUAGUUUUGAGAUUAUCAGUGAAAAGUGUUGUCUAGUUAUAGCACGGUUAGAACACCAAAUGCUGUCAACAAAUGACCAGACUACAAGGAAAUGUAUAAAAUAGCCAGUCAGAGGGGAGAAUUACUUAUCAGAUCUUUAAAGCUUAAGGCGGGUUAAACAGUGUAAGUGGAUGUAUAAGCUUUCCAGCAUGAGCCUUACUGCUAAAACCUUCAACGGGGACAAAGAUCUUUUUUUCUUGACAAUAACAACACUUCUAAGACAGCCAUCACUAUUAGUGCGUUUGACGAAGGGCUAACGCUCGGAACGUCAGCUUUUUGACUCUUUACCGUGGCCAAUUUACGUUUUCAACUCAGUUGUUAACACAAAAUUACCUGCUUGUAUCAUAGUUUGCGUUCUCACUGGCUUCUUGAGGUUAUGGGCAAUUCGUUUUUAAUGUAAAAACUUUUUUUUCAAAAUGCACUCAAAAGUGAUUUGAGCAAACUCUAACCAUGUCAAACUGAACCCGUUGUGGUAAACUUACAUUAUUUUUUUGCAGGCAAGUCGAAAUUACACCAUACACCCUCAAGGUGUAUUUUACGACAAAGCUAACGAAGGAUCUCAGUACCAGGACGGUACAACUGGGAAUGAAACUGCUGAUAACGCGAUAGCACCAAAUGGAACAUACUCGUACAGAUGGAUAGUGCCUGACUCUGUGGCACCGGCAGAGAAUGAUCCUGCGUGUCUAACAUGGAUGUAUUACUCAAAUGUUGACUCAACCAGGGACAUACAUAGCGGUAUGUCGAGUUUCGACUCUUUUAUACAUUAAAAAUGUUCUAGAAAUGAAUUUUUUGGUCUACCAUAUGACAUUGUGAAAUUAAAGGUGAAUCUUCGGAAGCAGCAUCUGGUAAAGCGUCAGGGCUCGUCAGGGUGUAAGUUAAAGGAAGUCAAAUGGUGACGCUUCUAUAGCGACUAAGUAAGUUGAAUUAACUGGACGUGAAGUGGUGAUUAUGUUCGCGGAGAGUUUCAAUGUAAGCUUUUCAACUUUACUUUGGGCUUUGUAAUUUUUUUCCACCAUAAUUUUUUGUGAGCCUAAAAAUAUAAAAUAAUACAAGCACCGAGAAGCUACACCUUUUUCAUCGCAAUUAUUUUCGUUUUUUAACGUACCUUUCUUACUAAAAGGAAACCAGCGUUAUAGCGAUAUUAAUCUGUUAUCUUGAUACACCACUACUAAAAUAAAUUAUGUUGUAAUGUUUUACAGGGCUGAUUGGACCUCUUCUUAUUUGCAAAAAUGGAACCUUGGACCGGAAUGGCAAACAGCGAAACAUCAAUCGCGAGUUCUUCCUUCGGUUCGCUCUAACCGACGAAGGACAGUCCUGGUACUUGACUGAUAACAAAUAUCUAGCAAACAAUGGAUCUGCCAUCGACGAAAGUCAGUAUUUACAACAACGGUUUCUGUUUCGCUCCUCUCCCAUGUACUGCAUUGUUUACAUGAGUUAGAGGAAAAUUUAUCUCGGCAUGUUUUGCUACUAAUCGUAUGAGGGAAAAAACACGGACUCAGUUCAAAUAAAUUUCUAGCCUGUUCCCCCUACUGGUUUUUAUCCUUACAUCCUAAUUAAACUUAGCAUGGAAAAUAUAGAAAUAUUUUUCCUCCUUCAAAUUUAAGAUGACUCCAGCUUCAAGAAGAGUAACCAGAUGAGAAAUAUCAAUGGAUACAUGUUUGGAAAUUUACCUGGUCUGCGCAUGUGCAAAGGCGAUAAUAUAUCAUGGCAUUUCAUGGGCGGUCCCGCGAGUCAAAUGCACGCAGUGUACUUUUAUGGAAACACCUUUACUAGAAAUGGAAACAGCCAUGAUACACUUGGAAUAAUGGAAGGUAAGUAAAGCUUAGAGGGUAUCCAGAAAAGACAGUGCGGGGAAUCGCUCGGAGAUGCCAGCGUUUUUGCUCUCAAUGCGCAGAACAACACGCUCUAAUUUUUACCUUUUCCGGUAGUCGAAGUCCCGUCCCACUCAUUAAAUCUCUUCACCAAAAAAAGCAGGAAAGAGUAUUUCCAUGACAGCAAUGUCAGACUGCAAGACUUGUCGGAUAUUAGGAAGCAUAUCUGGUAGGAGAACAACAAGCGAGCUUGUUAAGUUCCAUUAUCAGCUCACAUUCAACUGUUCACAGUACAACAAACUGUAGGGAGGCCGUCUAGGAAGUGCCUAAGGAGAGUCUUUGGAAACAAAAUAACAACAACAAGACGACAAUGACUAUAGCAACGAAAGCAAGAAAAACAAAAAAUUAACCAAGCAUGUGCAUUAAAUCACCCAGACUUCAGACUACGGAAUUAUUUUUUUAAUUCUUCUUCUGGGUCCGUUCUAGUGUCUCGUUCUCCAAUCGUAGUUUAAAAUUAGUUCCGUCACGUUCCGGUUCAAAAAUUCCUUGAUAUUUAUAUCCGAUGCAAAUCAUUAAUUUUAGUUAACUCUAUCCAUCAGGAUCACUGGAAAGCGUGCGAAUGACGCCAGGAAAUCCGGGAGUGUGGAAAUUAAUUUGUCGUGCGAACAACAAUCUCCGAGGAGGAAUGGUUGCUAAGUAUACCGUUUCAGAGGAUUGCGGGAAGACGUCUGCAGCUAAGGCAAUGAAUGGACGGAAGAGGGUGUAUCAUAUUGCAGCGGUUGAAGAAACAUGGGAUUACGCGCCAUCUGGGAAAGACUUGAUUGAGGGAGUCGAUCUCAAAGACAGCGAGUGAGUGCACAUUCAUAUAAGGAGUGCAUUCCGUUGCAUCUUAUUCAAGAUAACUCUUUCCCACCAAAAUUUCUAUAUCCCGAUGUCAUGUGUAGAAAAAGGAUUUGAAAAUAGACGCAUUAAAUCUGAUAAGUUUUCUUAAUCCUAUUGGCAGGGAAAGGUUGUUUAAACAAUGAAUUUACUAAAAAAGAGCGCUGAAUCACAGCAGCACAUAGAGCAGGGUUCUUAUUCAUAUUGCUGGCUAAAUGAACAUUUCAACGCUCUUUGACACCGUAAUUCUAGGAAUGACGUGCACUUGCAAACAGUUCUGUCUCGUGCGAGCAUGCUUUCUUCUAAGUUUCUCUCUAAACCCUCAACGUGUUACAUACCACUUUCGAACCAAAGGGUGAUGCCUUUCAUAUACCUCAAGAUAAAAAAAAAAAGAAAAUAAGUGCUUGCUUAAAAAUCAGAACAAGUUUCACUUAUUUUUCACGUGAGUUUCCGCAUAGACACUUACAAUAGUAGUUUUCCUCACCUUUUCUGCACAUCAGGUUACAAGACCCUUUCGUACAUCUAAGCUUAUAAAAGAUACUCCUUUGGCGUAGAUCAUUUCUCUAUAGUACUUCCACGGGUCUUAAGAGUCUAACGUCUUUUCUUUUUUCGGUCGUCUUCAGGUUCGCUCCUCGUUACACGAUACCAGGUCCACAUUUUAUUGGACGCAAAUACAAGAAGGCCAUCUACAGAGAAUUCACGGACGCCACAUUUACCAAACAGAAACCAAGAAAGAAAGAAGAAGAGCAUCUGGGUAUUAUGGGACCGAUGAUUAAGGCUGAAGUAGGAGAUACAAUUGAAGUUGUGUUUAAGAACUUGGCAACAAGACCGUACUCGGUACAUCCCCACGGAAUCUUGUACAGGUAUAUUUGGCUUUUGAUUCGUAUCCAUUCCUGCUCAUUGUGUACGUUAGGAGAAGUCAAUGAAGUUUACUCACAAAACAAACUAUGAAUGAAUGCUUUUUUCCUUACUUAACGUUUCUCUGUCGCUUCAUGUUAAACGAGCCCCUAAGAUCAACCUUGAGAUUGAUUAUCAGUUAUUAUCAGAUUAUCAGUUACGAUUGAUUAUGAGGUAUGAUUAAUACGAUUGAUCAAUUUGGUUAAAUAUUCGGUACGACUUGAAAUCUUUAUUAUGGCCUGCUUUUAAUUUAACGAAAAUUAAGAAUUCUCCUUUUUUUUACACAGGAUACAUAAUGUAACAUCUUAAUAGGUUUACUCCUUUGCUAAUCUGGUCACAAUUGUUGCUGUAGUACAGGAAAAAUAAACUGUCCAGCUUCCAAUUCCGAUCUAUGAUAAAAAGUACAUCAAUGAAAUGAUUAAAGUUUAUGAAACUUCCUCCGUUUUGUUAUCGAACGACGGCUAGACUGUUAAGCCAUGUUUCUUAACCACUCAGCAAGCAGGACGAAGGUUCAUCCUACAAAGAUAACACAACGGGGACAGAUACCGCAGACAAUGCUAUUGCUCCUGGGAAACUUUAUAACUACAUAUGGAAAGUGUCUGAACGAUCGGGGCCUGGGCCUGCGGACACGGCAUGUCUAACAUGGGCGUACUUUUCUGAUGUGGAUCCAGUCAAGGACACUAACACUGGUUUAGUAGGGCCGCUGAUCAUUUGUAGGAAGGUAGGUGUAAUACAGAAAGAUCCUUGUCCGCAAAUGAGCUGUUUUUGAUCGAGUGUAAAAAGACAUCCAGGAUUGUAUAGGGGCAAUUUUUUCAGUUAUGUGACUGUCAUUCCCUCCUAGCCAACCCUUUGAGAGAGCAAAAAUUAAAACCAAGUAAAACUUGGUCACGUUUAAGCCUGUUUCUUUCGAGAAUAUCUCUCUAGUCGAGCCAGCUUGCUUAGUUUAUUUCCCUGGGUUUCUUUAUUGUUAUUUCAUUCGCUCCUUGCAAUUUUUUCCUUCGUUUUGAUCGACCGCUUUGAUUACUUUGGCUUUAGCAAUAUCACUUUCACAUCAGUAUUGGUCUCUGGCGACGCAGAAAACAAAGCCCUAGUGGAUUUCGAAAAACGAAUAGCACCGUUUAAGCCUGUUUCUUUCGAGAAUAUCUGUUGUGGAAAGUAAAACUUGAAAACUAGUGGUCGCCUUGUAGACCAGCUGGGCUCAGUUGUUAGAAGGCCAAUUAGAGCUAACCCAAAGUAAAAUUUCAAUCUGGGUUUCUUUACUCCUUUAUUAAAAAGCCUUUUUGGGAUGAUUUUCUGUAUUCUUUCAAGAGUAUCCAAUAGCAAUAUCCUAGACAAAAAGAAUUCGACUAAAUUUUCUUCUAAAGCUUUCAGAUCUGAAAUCAGAUCUCACACUAACCCUGAGUUAUCUCAGCCCGCUUUGAAAAACCCGGCUCCACUGAGACCAGCUUCGAAAUUCCGCAAUUUUUUUUAUCGGCUAAUGUGAUAUUUUCACUGAUACGGCAAAAUUUUAUAAAUCCAUACGUAUUAGGUCUAUUCGAAGAAUUGCAUUGUCAAUGGCCUCAGCAGUUCCAUUCAAUUUUACAAGGGUUGUGCAGUCUAUUAAAUCUUCUCUCACCGUUUUUACAGGGAAUUUUGGAUAGAGAUGGUCAAAGAAUUGACGUUGACCGUGAGUUUUCACUGAUGUUUGUUACGAUGGACGAGAACAACAACUGGUACAUCGAUGAAAAUAUUAAAUAUCUGACAGAAGAUCCAGGACCCUUAAACGAACUCAAAGCGAUUUUUAAUUUUUGGGAAAGCAACCUAAAGGCGGCCAUAAACGGGUACGUGUUUGGAAACAUGCCACCACCAACAAUGUACACCGGGGAGAAAGUUGUCUGGUACCUACUUCAAGUUGGAGGCAUGACCGAAAUGCAUACAGUACAUUUUCACGGCCAGAGCAUUUUGUAUGUAAGUAUAAAAAUAAUAAUAGGUGGAUUCUGUCUAUUUCCGGGUGCCAAAUGAUACGUUGUACACACCGGAGUUGAUUUUGGCGUCUCUUUAUGACGGGCGGUGGGUUAGAGUAGAAGAGACCGAAAGUCACGUCACGAUAGAAUGCACCAAGAGGGUCUCAAAAAGGUGAAAGAUUUUACGACGAAAGAUUAAAAUUUUGGCCAGUUUAUGGCUACGUUUAACCCAAAAUGACACAGAAUGAUACUUUGUAGAAACGAAAAAAAUUUUUUUUUUUUACGACAAAAGGUAAAAAUUUGUCAAACGUUGUUAAACGAACGUUUUACAGCUAUCGGUUAGUCCCAUUGAGACCCUGCACCAAUACCUUGCACAUCCAAAAGCGAACAUUCGAAGACCCCUUCUCUUCGACGACCACUUCCCUUCUUCGGUUAGUCAUCUUUUCGUCUUUGUUUUGUUUUUUCCCGGUGGACAGUCCAUACGCCCACCUCUACUCAAGAGGAAUGGCCAAACUUAAUGCACGUUCAAACAGCCUAAAAUAACUUCUUUACAACACCCAGUUUAUCGCUUACUAAAAUACGCAGAAGGAAAAUAUAGACGUGACAGCUUGCUAAAACUGUCGACCACAAACGGUAUCCUUUCCCCGAAAAAUCUAGAAUCACUGAUUUGUCUUAAAUUCUUAGCGUUAAAGUUGUCCAAUUAAUUCACUAGUUUUGCUUUGCUGACAACUUUCUUCUUAACUUCCAUUUCAGAAUUCUUUGCUCUGAUUCAAUUGGUUAUAUAUAAUCAUAUAGAUAACAUUGGUUAUAUAAUCAUAUAGAUAAUAAUGUAAUGUAGAUCGUUUGUAUACGUUAAAGGAAACAUUUUCCGUUAAACAACGAUGUUCUGACCGUCGAAAUGACAAGAGCCCCAUCACAACUCCACCUCCAUAAAUUUCACCUUUAUACAACAAUCCCAUCUCUCAGGCACAACGGUGGCCGUUGUGAAGAGAUUUGACUAUCUACGUCAAUACGAAAGUGUUAACCGGAAAAUCAUAUAUCAUUGCACGUAUUUUGCAGAAAUCGCUAAGUUAUCAUCGGGGCGACGUCUACGACCUGCUACCGGAAACGUUUGCCUCUGUUGAAAUGAUUCCUGACGCUGUUGGAACUUGGAUGGUACACUGUCAUGUGAAUGUUCACAUAACUGGUGGAAUGCAGGCACUCUUUACUGUCUUAGAACCAACAAGUGAG